AUGGACCAGUUCUUAGCGGGAGCUGAUAUCCCAAUCAGUGCCGGAAAUAUCGAGUUCUGGGGUUAUAUUCACUCGGAAGAUUGGUAUCUCGGUACAUCUAGACAUUCUUUUACAGGAGGCAUGUUCCAAAAUCAGCUCGAUUGGGUGGACGGUGUAAUCAUCGCGGACUACAAUAUCAGCCCUUUCUUUACUGACCCUUAUGCAACCUCAUAUCCGCCUGUAACACAAUGGUCAGAUGUGGUUUUUAUUUCAUGGAUUACGCAUGCCCCAAAUGCUGCUGCUAUUCAAGGACUAAAGAGAGUGAGUAUGGGCCGAAAAAGAAUGGUCCACUAG